GUAUCAGGAACCCAGGCAUAGUGCCCAUCCCCCCUUGCCAUGUGGGAACUACGGUCAGCCUCCUUCUGGAGGGCCAUAUUUGCUGAGUUCUUUGCUACCCUCUUCUAUGUCUUCUUUGGGCUGGGGGCCUCUCUGCGUUGGUCUCCUGGCCCCCUGCAUGUCUUACAAGUGGCUUUGGCCUUUGGCCUGGCCCUGGCUACACUGGUCCAGACUGUGGGCCAUAUCAGUGGAGCCCAUGUUAAUCCUGCGGUCACCUUUGCCUUCCUUGUGGGAUCUCAAAUGUCCCUGCUCCGUGCCUUCUGCUAUAUGGCAGCUCAGCUCCUGGGAGCCGUGACUGGGGCUGCCAUGUUGUACAGUGUUACUCCGCCUGCUGUCAGAGGAAACCUGGCACUUAACACGUUGCAUCCUGGGGUGAGUGUGGGCCAAGCUACCAUGGUGGAGAUCUUCCUGACACUCCAGUUCGUGCUCUGCAUCUUUGCCACAUACGAUGAGAGGCGGAAUGGCCGUCUGGGCUCUGUGGCCUUGGCCGUUGGCUUUUCCCUCACCCUGGGGCACCUGCUUGGGAUGUAUUAUACUGGUGCAGGCAUGAAUCCUGCCCGUUCCUUUGCUCCUGCCAUUCUUACUCGAAACUUCACCAACCACUGGGUAUACUGGGUGGGCCCAAUCAUCGGAGGGGGUCUGGGAAGCCUCCUCUAUGACUUUCUCCUCUUCCCUCGGCUCAAGAGUGUUUCUGAGAGACUGUCUAUCCUUAAGGGAGCCAGACCCAGUGACUCCAAUGGACAACCAGAGGGCACAGGGGAGCCCGUGGAACUGAAGACCCAGGCCCUGUAAAAGCUCCAGCUGGAUAGAGGGAUGUAGGAUUUACGUGGAGGGGCUGAGCUUGCCCCUGGAUGAAGAGACUGUGGGGAGGGGCAUGUGCU